AUGAGUCUCAGUUGGCUUCCCUGGCCGACUCGGCGCCUUCAUACUGCCGUUCAAAGCGAAACAACAUGGGGCUAUGUUAUCUAUCGCACGACCUACACACCUGAAUCGGACACUGCAUUCCCCCGUGUUGUUGAUUUACUUGACUCCUACAUCAAACACGGACUCUACUCGGAAUGCACUUCUUCACAAAACAAUACUUCGAGGCAUACAGAUCCAACACCAUAUCAUGAAAUCUGGGCCCGACACAAUUCGGUCAUCAUGAAUGAUCGCGCAAAAUUCAAUGGCGCAUCAGCAGACACCAUUCAAACGCAUUUCAAAUCUUGGUCUCGUGUACAGGAGAAGCAGGGGAACUCAACUGCUUAUCGAAUGUGCAUGGUGAUAGACGAAAGGUCAUUACAGGGCUUGUUGAAUUUCCCGCCUCCAGGAGAGGACUCGGAUGAAAAGCAAAUCCAUCCAAUCCAGUAUGUGACAGUAAUUGAAACAUCUUCCGACAGCGACGAUGAAUACGAUAGCUUUAUGGGCGGAUGA